GCUAAUUCAGUUUUUUUUUUUUGUCCUCAAGAGCAUAUUAAAGUAAUCGAUUGAGAAGGGAAUCGUGACAGACUUAUUCAUAUGUACUAAAGUUCAACAUAAUUAUGAAAUUGGAGCCUUUUCAUCAGAUUCAAUGAGGUACGUGUUUGAAUACAUGCUGAAAAAUCGGUUGUGGAGCGAAGCCCUGUUUCAAGGGCGUUUGGAUGUCGAGGAAACUGGGCUUUUCAGAAAGCCGGUUUCGUGAAGACCUGGUUUUCAUCCAGGUUGACGUGCGGAGCAACUGGCGGCAGGGUGAUCGACGUUUUAGCGGUUGGCGGGUUUUCUCAAAGCGCUUCGACUUCCCACCACUUUCACGCCCACCCUCAGGAACAGCUCCUCUCUCUCUCUCUCUGUGGGGGCUGCCCUAGAAGAAAACAAAGGUUAGAUGCAGGAAAGCAACAACAGGGAUCUACUUUAUCUCCCCAAUCUUGGGAGCAAAAUAUAAAGAGAGGAAGAGGAAAGAGAGAUGGGUAACAAAAUUGCUAGAACAACCCAAGUAUCGGCAUCAGAAUAUUACCUUCAUGAUCUCCCCUCUUCCUAUAAUCUUGUUUUGAAGGAGGUCUUGGGGAGGGGGAGGUUCUUCAAAUCCAUCCAGUGCAAGCAUGAUGAGGGUUUAGUCCUUGUUAAAGUCUAUUUUAAACGUGGAGAUUUUAUCGAUCUCAAGGAGUAUGAAAGAAGGCUAUCUGAGAUCAGGGGGAUUCUUCGCAGUAUUGAACACUCACAUGUUUGGCCUUUUCAAUACUGGCUCGAGACAGAUAAAGCUGCAUAUCUCCUUCGGCAGUACUUUUUCAGCAACCUUCAUGACCGAUUAAGUACCAGACCCUUUCUCAGUAUGAUUGAGAAGAAAUGGAUUGCUUUUCAACUUCUUUGUGCAGUGAAGCAAUGCCAUGAAAAUGGUGUCUGCCAUGGUGAUAUCAAGUGUGAGAAUGUCUUGGUGACAUCUUGGAAUUGGGUUUACCUUGCGGACUUUGCUUCAUUCAAGCCUACAUAUGUACCUGAUGAUGAUCCCUCAGACUUCUCAUUUUUCUUUGAUACGGGUGGAAGAAGACGGUGUUACUUGGCACCAGAGAGAUUUUUUGAGCAUGGAGCUGAGAUUCAGAGUUCACAGGAUGCACCUUUGAAACCAUCUAUGGACAUUUUCUCUCUGGGGUGUGUUAUUGCAGAGCUUUUUCUCGAGGGUCAGCCACUUUUUGAGUUAUCCCAGCUCCUUGCUUAUCGUAGAGGUCAAUAUGAUCCAGGACCAUACUUGGAGAAGAUACCAGAGACUGGAAUACGUAGAAUGAUUCUUCAUAUGAUUCAGUUGGACCCAGAGUUGCGACUGACUGCAGAAAGCUAUCUGAAGAACUACUCCUCUGUUGUGUUUCCGAGCUACUUCUCUCCUCUUCUUCAUGACUUCUUUUCCUGCUUGGUUCCACUUGAUUCAGAUACUAGGGUUGCAAUGGCUCAAAGUGCUUUUCCUGAGAUACAUAAGCAAAUGACGAAUAACUCUUCUUGUGGGGAAAACAUUCCUGCAUAUGUCAGAAGUCCAGUCUCAACAAUAUCUGAGGAAUCUUUUUUGGAGAUGAGAAGUGGGGAUAGCAAUAGUGUAAUGCCGAAGGAUAAUUGUAUGAAAAAUGGUGAGCUUGAGAAACGUAAGCUUGGUGAUUCUCAUUCCCAGCUUGUGAAUACAAUCAGUGUUCUCUUGAAGGAUGUGGAACACAAUACUCGUCAACCUCAUAGCAAGGUUGCCCUGGAUAAGGUGCAUUCUUCUGCAUCUUGUAACUCAAACGAGAAAAAUAAUUCGUUCAUUCUUCAAAAUGCUGUGAAGGAUAACCUGCAAUCUUCAAGUGAACUGUUCCAAACAAUUGAGAAGGGGUUUACGAAAAUCACAUCCAUAAAUUUAAAAAAGAUAGCUAAAAAUGAUUUGGCUACGUUGCUUGCUGGGUGCAACAGUGAGUCUAACACUUUAAGUAUUGCUCCCUUAGGCAGCCCUCAGCAUAAUCUAAAAUGUGAAGGUAUGGUGCUUAUUGCUUCGCUGCUUUGUUCAUGCAUUCGGAGUGUAAAAUUGCCACAGCUGAGGAGGACAGCGAUAUUGCUCUUGAAGUAUACAUCACUGUACAUUGAUGAUGAGGACCGAUUGCAACAUGUGCUGCCUUACAUUAUAGCAAUGCUGUCAGAUACAGCAGCAAUUGUGCGGUGUGCUGCUUUGCAGUCUUUGUGUGACAUCUUGCCUCUUGUUCAUGAAUUUCCUCCCAGUGAUGCGAAGAUUUUUCCAGAGUACAUCCUUCCUAUGUUGUCCAUGCUGCCAGAUGAUCCUGAGGAAAGUGUCCGAAUUUCUUAUGCUAGCAACAUUUCCAAGAUUGCUCUCACUGCUUUCAGGUUUCUUGUUCAUUCAGAAAGGUUGAAUGCAGCUGUUGUCCUGGAUUUGCAAAAUAAGAAGUCAUCAACUUGCAAUAGUAUAAGUGAACCAUUUGAACAAAUUCAGGACUCAAGUAAUGAUGCCCAGCUUGUUCAAUUGAGAAAGUCUAUUGGUGAGGUUCUGCAAGAACUGGUUAUGGGGCCAAAGCAAACACCAAACAUUAGAAGGGCACUUUUGCAUGACAUUGGCAAUUUAUGUUGUUUCUUUGGUAAGAGACAGAGCAAUGAUUUCUUGUUGCCUAUCCUCCCUGCAUUUUUAAAUGAUAGAGAUGACCAGCUACGAGCAGUUUUUUAUGAGCAGAUUGUGUUUGUGUGCUUCUUUGUUGGUCGUAGAAGUGUGGAAGAAUAUCUUCUUCCUUACAUCGAGCAGGCUUUGAGUGAUAACUUUGAAGCUGUCAUAGUCAAUGGAUUGGAAUGCCUGACACUUCUCUGCAGACAUAAGUUCCUGAGGAAAAAGGUUCUCCUUGAUAUGAUAGAGAGGGCUUCACCGCUGUUAUGCUAUCCCAGUGAAUGGGUCAGGAGGUCAGCUGUUGGAUUUAUUUCAGCUAGUAGUGUAUGCUUGGAAGAAGUAGACUCUUACGUUUAUCUCUCUCCAAUUUUACUCCCCUUCUUGCGCAAUCAGCCGGCUUCAUUAGCUUCUGAAAAGUCAUUAUAUACAUGUCUGAAGUCUCCUGUCACCAGACAAGUAUUUUACGAAGUGUUAGAAAGUACCAGGACUUCGGACAUGCUGGAGAGACAGCGAAAGAUAUGGUAUAAUUCAGCUUCUUUUACAAGAGAUUCUGAUUCUGACAUUCUGAUUAAGAGACCUGAAGGAUUUGAAGGUGCAAGAAGCCCCACAAGGGGCUGGCUUAGCCAGCCAUUAGAGCUGCAGAGAAGCAAGUCUAUUCAUACUGCUGUUCUACGAGCUCGACCAGAAAUUGAGGCUGGGGCUAGGCUGAGACCAGUUGAAACUCUCAUGUCCAGUAUGUCUGGUAGUCUAGAUGUAAGAGAAGCUUCAACCACAGAUAAGUUGCAAUUCUCAGGUCUUAGUCUUCCACAUGUUAGUACAGGUAAUAGUUUUAUUUGUGAUGGUCCAACAGAAGGCAUUCCUUUAUAUUCAUUCUGUGCUGAUAAGCAUCCCCCAGAUGGGGCUGCUGUGGCUAGCGGUUCUGAGAUUUCAUCACAAUGGGGCUCUCUUGGAAUAGGUUUGUCAUCCACCAUGCCUUGGAUGGACUCAAUGAAUAGAUCAUUUACUUUGUCGAGUUCCCUGGCACCAAAACUUGUAUCUGGUUCCUAUGGUUCUAGUGCCAGUAAACAAGUUUUCAAGGUCAUACCAGAUGCAGGUCAUGAAAAAGAUGAAAUAGCGAACUUGUCUGGACGGCUGAAAGAUACUAACAUAUCUGGGACACUGAAAUAUAAUCAACCGGCUGUUGGCAUAGGGGAUGUAAGUCCAAUCGCAGACUUAGCUGGGACACCCUAUUUUGCGAGAGCUUCAUCAGUUACUGAUGUUGGAUGGAGGCCCCGUGGUGUUCUGAUGGCACAUCUUCAGGAGCACCAUUCUGCUGUUAAUGAUAUUGCUAUAUCAAAUGACCAUAGCUUUUUCAUCAGUGCGUCAGAUGAUUCAUGUGUGAAGGUUUGGGAUACACGAAAAUUGGAAAAGGAUAUAUCCUUUAGAUCCAGAUUGACUUAUUCUUUGGAUGGAAGUCGGGCAUUAUGUGCUACCAUGCUGCAUGGUGGACCGCAAGUUGCUGUAGGAGCAAGCGAUGGAACUAUUCAUGUGUUUGCUGUAGAUCAAGUCUCAAAAGGUUCUGGCAGUAUUGAGAGGUAUUUGGGCAUCAGUGAUAUCAAGAGACAAGAAACUGAUGAAGGUGCUGUCCUGAACCUGUCCAAUUACUCCACGGAUGGUAGUCCCAGUUUGCUUGUUCUCUAUAGCACUCGUGGUUGUGGGAUCCAUCUGUGGGAUGUGAGAGCAAAUACUGAUUCAUGGACUCUAAAAUCUACCCCCGAAGAGGGAUAUGUGUCAUCUCUUGUGACUGACACUUGUGGGAAUUGGUUUGUAUCUGGGUCCUCUCGUGGUGUGCUUACUCUUUGGGAUGUAAGGUUUCUCCUGCCUGUCAAUUCAUGGCAAUAUCCUGCUGUUUGUCCUAUCGAGAAGAUGUGUCUUCUUAUUCCUCCAUUAACUGCACCUUUGUCAGCCACGUCAAGGCCAUUAGUUUAUGUUGCUGCAGGAUGUAAUGAGGUAUCUUUGUGGAAUGCAGAGAACGGAAGUUGCCAUCAGGUAUUUCGAUUAGCAAAUAGUGGUGUCAGUGGUGAUAAUUCUGAAAUUCCCUGGGCUUUAGCCAGACCAUCAAGCAAGUCCAACCUUAAACUGGAUUCAAGGCAAAACUUCAAUAAAAAGUACAGAGUCGUAGAGUUGAAUGAACCUCCCGCACGCUGGCCUGGUAUCCGUUCCUUACUUCCUUUAGUGGGAGGUGAUCUGUUGACUGGCGGCACCGAUCUCAAGAUUCGACUCUGGGAUCAUUGCAGCCCGGACCGUAGCUAUUGUGUCUGUGGUCCCUCAACAAAUUCUACAGCCAAAGACGAGUACUAUGAUACAAGGUCUUGUUUCGAUGUGCAAGUUGUGCAGGAAACUAACAAAUUAAAUGUAGCACCAAAGCUAGUGACGAAAACUCUGCUUGCUGCUGCCGCAACAGAUUCUGCAGGUUGCCACCGUGAUGCCGUACUAUCUUUGGCUUCUGUCAAGUUAAACCAGAGACUACUGAUAUCAAGCAGCAGGGAUGGUGCAGUUAAAGUGUGGAAGUAACAAGGCUAGGUGUACAUAUGCAACCAAAGAAAACAGUAUGUCUUCCAGUACAUAUUCGACUUCAGCUUUGUAGCAUUACAUUGUCUUGUAGGCGCUUGUGCCUGGCACCGGAACAUCCAGGUUUGCGAAAAGCAAUUGUGCAUAUCUAAUUUAUGAUGUCUAAAUAAGCUUAGUAGUACAGUGAUUUUCUCUCUUGUAUAUAUGUGUACAUUACAAGUUGAAAAAGAAAAUUGCAUCAAGCGUAGCCCGCGGUCUUAA